AUGGAGGAAAAGAGUGUGAUUAAGUUCAGCCACUGUCAGAAGGACAUCUUCUGUUUCUUCAUUCCAGAGAAAUGUCCAGAGUGUGGAGUGAGCUUCAGCAGUGGCAGGCUGGAGGAGGCUCCUAUCCGUAUCCCCAACCCUUUUUCUAACGGACACAAGACCCCAUGCUGCUUCCUGGUCGCACCUGCUGAGGAAAACAACCUCAGGGAGUUUGAUGGCGGCUCAGACCUACACACUGGGAUCACAGACACUAAUGGAGUGGUGUUCAACUACACUAAGCCAGGGGUCCGGCAGGACCAGCGAGGCUGGGAGAUGUGUAUCAGUAUUCCCCUGAUCCAACCAGACAUGUUUAACCUUCUCAACCAGUGGGACCAAUACCUCAACAAGUUCUCAGACGCCGAGAUGUGGGACCCAGCAUACAAAAGGUUUAAUAAAGAGACGCACAACUGCUACAACUACACUCUGAUGUUUCUAAACCGUGUGCUAGCAACACAGGGGAAAGGCUCUCUGACCAAAGACCAGUUCACUCAGAGCUUUGUCCUGCCCAAGAUCAAGAGAGCCUGUAAAUACACCACAAUGUGCAGGGAGAUAUCACAGAACUACUUCUAUAUAGCGGACAGUCCUGUGGUAAGGGUAGGCAACAACACAUCCACCAUGCUGACCCUCAACCAAGGCCCCUCAGAGUUACAGUUCAUAUAA